AUGAGGGCCCCAGAAACUCAUCUGUCGCAUGUUGAUUUUACCAAGACACAGCUCGGAGUGCUGGGUGGUAUUAUUGUAUUGACAGUGGAUCAUAUCAACCCCGUUAAGGUCUUUCUUCAUGUGUUUCCCUCGGUGGCGCCCUGGCACAUUGUCAUGGUUUGCAUGCUACUAUCCCUGUACAUUUGGGUUACCGAAUUCAAGAAGCUCCUAUACUAUUCCGUCCGCAUCUUUUUUCAUUCCAUUUUGAGUAUAUUUUUCCGAGAAGUCGAAGUGAUUGGUCGAGACAAACUGCCAAGGCAUGGGCCCAUUAUCUUUACCGUCAACCAUGCGAAUCAAUUCAUUGAUGCAGUUACCUUGCUUUCGACUUGUAGUCAUCGGGUUUCUUACUUAAUGGCAGACGCAAGUUACAAACGUCGGAUCAUUGGAGAUUUGGCCUGGGCAUUGGAUGUCGUUCCAGUCAAGCGUGCCCAGGAUUCAGCAAUUUCUGGAACAGGCAAGGUGGUUUUUACCAAGGAUCAGGCUCUUUCAGAGGGCGCCAAUACGUUAAUUAUGACCGUAGCGGGUACGGAUACAGUGUUUACCGAACAACUCAAGAUUGGUGACAAGAUUCGUCCAACUGGAACUGCCAUUGGUGUCAAAGUUACAGAAUUGUUGGAUGACGGAAACGUGAUUGUGGAUGGAAGUGAUGUUCCACCAGCAGAAUACGAAAAGGUCUUCACCAAGACGGAACCAAAUACCUUUGAUAUCCUGAAAAAGAUCGACCAGAAGGAUGUUUAUGGAAAGGUUCUCGAUAAAUUGGCUAGUGGUGGAUGUAUCGGUAUCUUUCCGGAGGGUGGUAGUCAUGACCGAACUGAUCUAUUGCCACUCAAGGUUGGAGUCGCAUUGAUUGCGUAUUCUUCCCUGGAAAAGGAUGACCUGAACGUUCCCAUUGUGCCUGUUGGAUUGAACUACUUUCGUUCUCAUCGUUGGAGAGGCAGAGCCACUGUUGAGUUUGGCCAGCCCAUAUAUAUCGAUCCAUCGACACUAAAGGACUACAAAGAAGGUGGUGCCAACAAGCGACGAGUCUGUAACGAACUAUUGGAUCGAAUUCAAGAUAGCAUGCGGUCGGUUAUUGUGGCGACUCCAGACUAUGAAAGUCUGCAGCUGAUUCAUACGGCUCGUCGACUAUAUCAGCGCAAAGGUCUCCAGGGUAAAGAAAAGCAAGAUAUGGCCCGUCGUUUUGCGGAGGGUUAUAAGAUGCUUUCUCUUUUGACACAAGGCGAUCCCCCAGAAAGAUGGUUGGAUCUUCAACAACGAAUGAUUGCCUAUCAAAAGGAGCUCCGAGACCUUGGUAUUCGUGACUACCAGAUCCCCGCUCUUGACCGUGAGAAAAGUGACGUGAAGGAAUUGGAGCCAGAUGAUGUUUUGGGAAUCCUCAGAAUCCCAUAUCAGUUGGUACAUAUCAUGAUAUUGCUGUUGCUCGCAGCCAUCCCAACGCUAUUCUUGAAUCUUCCUGUUGGAUUGUUGGCUGGAAUCUAUUCGGAACGUCGUCGCAAAAAGCUGCUGGCAAAGUCAAAGGUGAAGGUCCGAGCAUAUGAUGUCAUGUUAACGGAAAAGGUUCUCUUCUGCAUCGUUGCGAUUCCAAGUUUGUGGUUAUUCUAUUUCUUGGUCCUUUCGGUAUUCACGGAUCUGGAUGGACCGACUAUUGGGCUAUUCAUUGUUUCCCUUCCUGUUUUUGCUUACAUGGGAAUCAUCGCUACCGAAGCUGGAAUGGUCACUUUCAAUGAUAUUCGACCCUAUUACAAGCGCUUGUUCCCGUCAUCGCGAAGAAAACUACGAGCAUUGCCUGCGACUCGAAGGCAGCUUCAAGUGGAUCUCAGAGCCUUUAUCAAGAAGGUCGGUCCAGCAUUGGGAGAGAUUUACUAUGGGAAGGAGUUGAACUGGCAACAAAUUCAAGAGCGGUCGAGACUGUCAAGUGCUCGAUUGAAAGAUAUGACACCUGAUGAUAAUGCGCCACAAGACGGCCAGAGUGGGGACAAAAAAGACAAGUAA